UUGUUAAGUUUUGGGCCAGGGUGGGUAGGGAUUAUAAACAAACAGUGUAUAAUGUUUUAUAGAGAUUAUUGUAAGGUUUUGUUUUAAACAGACAUGCUAACAUCUAACAUUUACUACUCUUUCUGUAUUACAGGUCACCAUGCUCAAAAAAUCUGUGUUUUGCCCAGGGUGCAUUAAGGUCGUGUUCCGUAAGGGACCACUCGGAUAUCUCCUUCAGGACCCGACUGAGGAGGCCAGGGUGAUCAAAGAUAACCCAGCUCUUCAGGACAAGUCGGCACCAAAGAAGGAGGAGCUCGUCAGGCAAGAUGCUCUUGCUGUGGUCCGUCAGAGAGGAGGCGACGCCUCUGACAAAAGAGAAGUUCUUGGCGAAUACAUCCUGCAGUUUGGAAAGUACAAGGGGAAAUCUUUCCGGUGGCUUCUUGAAAAUGACAUGGGUUACACCAUCUACCUAAUAAAGAACCUUCAGCAGGAAGAGGCCAUGGGAGUAUUUACAUCAGAAGGACCCAGCAAGAGCAGUCUGUUAUCCUUUUAUAAUUAUGCCUGCAGUUUUAACGAAAUUCAGUCCCUGUUCAGUUAUGUGUCCAAAAAUCCAGGUGCACCAGCAGCCUCGUCGGAGGGUGACCAGCUGGUUGGUUUUGGUGCUCAUGCGAAGAGUACGUGGCAGGAGAUUUGGAACAACAGGGCUGAUGGUUACGCAUCCUUUAUAUUGGGGGAAACUUGUGUCCCGGGGACACGGAUGUACAAGCUGCAGCAAUACCUGCGUAAUCAGAUGCAGUCUGCCCGUCCGCCCGUGGUUGCCUCAAGUGCAGCUUCUAAGCCAACGGAAAUGGAUGAUGACGACGAGUUAGAGAGUGCGAUGCUGAACAUCUCCCCCUCCAAACUACAGUUGCGGUCUUCACGACCACUGUCAUCAACAUCAUCAUCCUCAGCUGCUGAACUGAGACGGUCUGCGGGACCAGGAAAAGGUUUUUACACAUCAGGCUCAGCACUGGAGCACAGUUCUGUUGAAUUGUGAUAUGAAAUGCUCUCCAAGUCUGAAUAAAAAGCCUUUCUUAUUUUGUCACUGUUUUGGCCAUGUUCUGGCCUUGUUCCACUAACAAAUGUCUGUGCCGUUGGCAAUAUACUAACUGUUCAAGGGGCUAUGAAUUGAUUCCCCGA